ACUCUCUCUCUCUCUCUCAAAAUUCAAUUCGGCCAAGAGAGGACCACAUUUUAUAUCAAGAGGCCAAUUGAUUUGGUGUUCUAUGGUCCCAAAAUGUUCAUGAUAACACCAAAUCUAAAGUAGUCAUUAUUCAUUCUCUCCCUUAUCCUUUGUGAUCAAGUUGAUGCCUUCAACAUAUUUCUAUCUUGUUGGAAUCCUUCCAACAUUUUUUCUUUUUUCUUUUUUAAUUUUUUGGAUUAAAGAUUAAUUCUCCCUCCCAUCCACUAAUGUCCUUAAGACCUAAAGAAAAACAAACAUUCCAAAUGUUCAGGGUGUGAAAAGAGAAGAGAAUCAUAUUUGGUUCGCAAUUGAGUAAAGUCCAAGCUGAAAUAAGGCGUCAGUAUUGAGUUCCAUAUUUGGUUUCAACAUAUUUAUGUGUUGUGUGGUCUACAUGAUGGUGAAACAAUACCACCUGCAUCGCCUCCUCCUGGACUCCGAACUAUCGUCGGCCCUGCCAACCAACAGAUCAAGCCGGACUGCGGGCCCAUACGCCGGAAAUGACAACUUCGACAACAACAUGGUCAUAAUUCUAGCAGCCUUGCUGUGUGCAUUGAUAUGUGCUCUUGGGUUGAACUCAAUUGUGCGUUGUGCUCUACGGUGUACCCCAAGGUUUGGGUUUGAGACUCCAGAUCAGGUUGGUGCCCGUUUAGCGUCGGUGGGGCUGAAGAAGGAUGCGGUGGGUCAGAUUCCGGUGGUGGUGUAUAAUUCCGGAGUCAACAUUGCGGCAACAGACUGCCCAAUUUGCCUUGGAGAAUUCGGUGAAGGAGAGAAGGUCAGAGUCCUGCCCAAAUGCAAUCACAGUUUUCAUGUAAAGUGCAUAGACACAUGGUUAGUGUCACACUCAUCGUGUCCAACAUGUAGGCAAUUGUUGUUUGAACAUCCAUCGAGUUCUAAUAUAGAGGUGAGUGUCAGAAUUUAGUCAUUGACGGUUUGUUAGACUAUUCCAAAUGGUUAGGAAAAGACUUCACGUUUGGAAGCGCUAGAUCGGUGUAUUGAAAUUCUCCGGUUACAAAUUUAAACCUCCGAUUCAAUGCUUUCAAAACAUUAGUUGAGUUGAGUUGCAGUCGGAUUUGAGCUUGGCUAUGGUGAUCAGAGUUCGUAGGUGAGUAAAUUUAGCUGAUAGGAGAUGUGCAAAACCUUAGUGCAGAGGCUUAGUUCUGUUUAUUGAAGAAUUUGUGUGUUGAUGAUUUGUUAAAGAUGUCCAAAUACAUUAUAGCAUGUCACUAGUUCACUUGUAUACAUUUUUUUUUUU